AAAUGAGUGGAAGGAGGUCGUCUUACAGAGCACAUACAGAGGCUCUGUUGCUGAAAGCAAGACUUCAACUAGCACUUGGGAUCUUUUCUUGUUUUCAACCCAUAGGAUUAUUCUAACCAGCAGCGACUGUUGUUUUUUCAUACCUUGAUGUUUUAGUCGUUGUUUUUCUUGGCUUUGGUACAAGCUGAGAAAACCAAACGUGGCUUUUUUUUUUUUUUUUUGCACAAGUAAAAGUGCAGCGAGUAAAGGAAUGUCUCAUUCAAAGCUGCUGUGAGUUGGGUUGGGUUUAAAAUCUCCGCUUGUGUCUUUGCGGAUUCAUCUUUCUGAACAAGGAACUUUUGCUGAAGUGUUUUCCUGCAGUCCCGCAGCAGCGCCGCUUUAAAGCUGGAGAUCUUGCUUUUUUUUUUCUUCUCCCUCUCCUUGGAGAGUUGCUUCCUUCUCUUGUCGCUUCAUUUGUACCUCAACCCCUUCUGUGUAUUCCACUGGAGGAGGAGCUCUGGACCAACAAGAACAAGGUGAUGUCAGCAGAUACUCCAAGGUCUGGCUUUUUAUCUUUGUUCUACUUGGAAAGCCUCUAAACAGGGACGCAGCUCGCCGCUGACCAAACAUGGACUGCUCGGCGGUGAUUUUGAAAGCUUGCGCCCACUCCAGGAGGAAGUGGUGUCGGCACAGGAGGUCCUCCGGCCAGCAGCCCUGGGCGCCAGCGAGCAGUGCCAGCUGUGGUGGAGGUGUUUUGGCGGCAGGGGCGGUUGCCCACGCCUCGUCUCUCCUGCACCGUCUACUGAUGCACUUGUGCUGCUGCCAGUCCCAGGAGGAGAAUGCCCAGCUGUGCCAGGAGUGGACGGAUCGUUCAGCAGACAGAGCAGAGGGACAGGAGCACGACGAGGCAGAGGAGUUGGGACCACCGCCUUCUGUAGACGAAGCGGCCGACGCUCUGAUGACCCGGCUGGGCUUCCUGCUGGGGGAGAAGGUCACAGUUGGAGAGCCAUGCUCGUCUUACCACAGCCAGGAUGAUGGACAGAGGAUGUCCCCUUCCUCCAGUCUGGCAAGCAGCAACACCUCCCCCUGCUCCACUCUACAGCCUCCUGGGGGGGAGGGCAACAAUAACAGCAAACAUGCCUCCUCGUACUGUGCCUCUGUCACCUCCCCCUCCUCCACACUGGAGAGCAGAGACAGCGGCAUCAUUGCCACGCUGACCAGCUAUUCUGCUGACUCUGCUGCAGAGCGUGAGGACGGCACCAAGUACCCCGGCGACAGUUACCACGGCAGCAGCCUCAACCUCUGGCAGCAGGAGGGUCGGCCAGUGGUGGCCUCCACCUCGUCCUCGUGCGUGAGAGCUGGAGGUCGGCCCAACGGCAGCUCGCUGUACAGAAUGGAGGACAGCCUGUCCGCCUCCACCUACAGCCUGAACAAGCUUCACCCAAACCGAGGCCCCAGCUCGGCGCGCUCCUCUGGCUCCGCCCACUCCAUCACGCUCAACCUCAUUCCCCGCCCCAACUCAGUUGCUGCCACAAGUUCAGCCCACCUUGAAGAUCUAGCCUAUCUGGAUGAACAACCCAGAAAUUUGACCUCGAAGAUGCCCCUCAGAGCGGUCAGACAGACUUCUGGGAGUCGUAGUCAGCACGACCAAAGAGUUGAUUUCACUCCAUCUCUACACCUGAAGCCGCUCCAUUUCGAGGUGCCCGGCCUGUUGUCUGAUUGGCUCUUCACGGGCAGGGAGUGGCUCUUCCAGGAAGUGGACACCUGUCUGCGCAGCAAUGACCCAACAACGAACAGGGGCAUAGUAAUCACUGGCAACAUGGGCUUUGGAAAGACGGCCAUCAUUGCGCGGCUGGUGGCGCUCAGUUGUCAUGGACGCUGCAUGUGGCCGAGCAGCGCUGGCAAGCAGACCACGCCCAAAUAUGGAGAAUCUGCUUCUCUCUCACGUGACGGUUCUGGAAGAGGAGGAGGAGGGCCAGGGGGAGAGGAUGAAGGAGGAGGAAGCUGUCCGGGAACUCCAGAGAGGAGGAGGAGACAGCAGGAGGCGCUGCGGAGGCUAGCUGGACAGGUGGUGUCCUAUCACUUCUGUCAGGCUGAUAACUGUCACACCUGUCUGGUUCCUGAGUUCGUCCACAACAUGGCCGCCAUGCUGAGUGCCGCGCCACAACUGGCCGCCUAUCGAGACCUGUUACAUCGCUCGCCACAGCUGCAGAGCACGCUCAGUCUGCGCUCCUGCAUUCAGGAUCCCAGUUCAGCGCUCCAGAGAGGAAUCCUGGACCCCCUGGAUGCUCUCCACCAAGAGAGGAAGUUUCACUUUGACGGGGAAGGACUUAUCGUACUUAUUGAUGGACUAAAUGAGGCUGAGUUCCAUCGGCCCGAUUACGGAGACACACUGGCUUCCUUUCUCUCCCAAAACAUUCAGAAGUUUCCAACCUGGUUGAAAGUAAUCUCUACUGUCAGGACCAGUCAGCAGGACAUUGCCCGCUCUCUGCCUUUUCACCGUAUCUCUCUGGAUGGGAAGGAGGAGAACAACGCCAUAGACCAGGACCUGCAGGGUUACUUGAUGCAGCGUAUCCACAGCAGUCCUGAGAUCCAGAGCAACGUGUCGCUGGGCAAUGGUCGCCUCGACAACACGGCUCUGACCAAGCUGAUCAGCCACUUGAAGAGCCUGAGCAAAGGCUCGUACCUCUACCUGAAACUGACUCUUGACCUGAUUGAAGGAGGUUACCUUGUUCUGAAGAGCUCUAGCUUCAAGGUGGUUCCGGUGAGUCUAGCAGAAGUGUACCUGCUGCAGCUUAACAUGCGGUUCCCCACCCAGUCGUCCUUCCAAAGAGUGCUGCCUCUGCUCAAUGUUACCGUGGCCUCACUCCACCCACUGACCGACCAGCAGCUGUUUGAGGUGGUGAACGCAGGUUGUCUCAGUGGAGAAACAAUGCAGAGGGUGGAGUUUAUGCAGCGCAUGGAGCAGCUCUCGUCUUUCCUGCUGCAGCGGAGCGACGGCAGCAGGAUGCUUAACCACUCCUCCUUCAGGGAGUGGCUGGUGUGGCGGGAGGAGGGGCAGGAUGACCGCUUCCUCUGUGACCCGAGAAGUGGACACACCCUGCUGGCCUUCUGGCUCUGCAGACAGGAGGGAAAGCUGAGCCGACAGCAGACGCUGGAGCUGGGACAUCACAUUCUGAAGGCUCACAUCUACAAGGGUUUGAGUAAGAAGCUCGGGGUUUCCUCCUCUGUUCUUCAGGGGCUGUGGAUGUCAUAUAGCACAGGAAGCCUUUGUCCUGUUCUUUCCUCCCUGCGCAACCUCUACACCCCCAAUAUCAAGGUGAGCAGGCUCCUGAUUAUGGGUGGAGCUGAUGUGGAUUAUCGAACCGCUGUCCUCAACGGCGCCCCCUUAUUGUGUGUCCAUGCUCACCUUGGCCACAAGGAUGCAGUGGCACUGCUCCUCGACCACAGAGCUCAGGUGGAUGCUAAGUCACAUGAUGGUCUGACUGCUCUGGGAUUUGCUGCUGCAGCAGGUCACUUGGACAUUGUCACCAUGCUGAGUCAACACAAGGCCAAGGUCGGCCACGUGGACACCUCGGGUCGGUGCGUUCUGGUCCUGGCAGCCCAGCAUGGUCACCUCGAGGUGCUGCGCUUCCUGCUGAAGAGCGCUGAUUGGAACUGCACUUCCUGCUGCAGCCAGAGGGGGGCGAGCAGGAGCCAGGCUGUGCAACAGGCUCUGAUCGCAGCAGCCAACAUGGGCCAUGCAGAGAUGGUGUCAUAUCUACUGGAUCUUCCCGAGGAAGACGAGGAAGAGGAGCAGAGACCUGAGAUUAACUUGUACGACUGUCUGUGGGGAGAGACAGCUCUGACAGCCGCAGCAGGACACGGGCAGCUUGCCGUCAGCAGGCUGCUGCUGGAUCAGGGAGCUGCCCCUGAGCAAGGCAACAGGCAGGGCAUCACUCCGCUCUUCAGCGCGGUGAGACGGGGACACUGCCAGGUGGUGGAGAUGCUGCUGAGCCACGGGGUCGAGGUGAACCGUGUGGACCAGCAGGGUAGAACGGCUCUGAUGACGGCGGCCUCAGAAGGACACAUUGCCACCGCCCAGCUUCUGUUGGAUCACGGAGCCUCUCUGGACCAGACGGACAGGGAAGGCUUGACGGCGCUGAGCUGGGCCUGCCUCAAAGGCCAGUUCCCGUUAGUCAGGGAGCUGGUGGAGCGAGGGGCAGCCACCACUCACGCUGACCGCAGCAGCCGCACGCCUCUGGACCUGGCCGCCUUCAGUGGAGACCCUGAAGUGGUGCAGUACCUGGUGGACCAUGGAGCGCUGGUGGAGCACAUGGACUGCAGCGGGAUGCGCCCUCUGGACCGAGCGGUCGGCUGCAGGAACACCUCGGCGGUCAUCGCUCUUCUCAAGAAGGGGGCCAAGAUCGGACCAGCGACCUGGGCCAUGGCGACCUCUAAGCCAGACAUUUUAAUGGUACUGCUCAGUAAAAUGAUCCAAGAAGGAGACAAGCUGUACAAGCAAGGAAAGGUGAGGGAAGCUGCACAGUCCUAUCAGUCGGCUCUGCAGAAGUUUCCUGGAGACGAGCUAAAGACCUUCAAACAGCUCAGAGUGUGCGUGCUGCUCAACCUGUCCCGCUGCCGCCGCAAGAUGAAUGACUUCAGCCUUGCUGAGGAAUUUGCUACAAAGGCUCUGGAGCUGAAAUCCAAAUCCUACGAGGCGUUUUAUGCCCGAGCGCGAGCUAAACGAAGCCGCAGACAGUUCCAUGCUGCACUGGAGGACCUGAUUGAAGCCAGCCGCCUGUGUCCAUCCAACCGGGAGAUCCAGCGCCUGCUGUCUAGGGUGAAAGAAGAAUGUCGACAAGUUGCACAGCAACAAGACCCCACACCUUCCUCUGUUUACCAACACCAGGUGGCGAUGUCCAUCAUCGAAGCCAGGUGCAGGGAUACUGACUGUGUGCAGGUGCAGGACAGGGAAGGCUUUAACAGGGAAGAUGAGGAAGAGGAGCAAGAAAACGAUGGGGAUGACAGGGAAGAUGAACACUUGUCCUCUCUUCAUCAUCCUCAAGCAGUUCAAAGUCUCAACGCCCAUUGCUACUCCGGAGUGAAAUCGCCAUCUUCUCUCUCCCCCACUCACAUGCAUCAGCGCCUCUCUAGUCCCACCCAUUCAGCGGACCACUCUUACCCCAGUCAUUCUGUGCCUCCUCCCACCUCCCCCUCCCAUCCGCAUGUUAAUGCUCCUUCAUCACCGCUGCAGCAUCCGCAGAGAGCGUUUGAAAGCGGAGGACAGUACUACCUUCAAACUGUCUCAGCCCUUAGCCCAGCAGACCAGAAUCAGGGUGGGCAGCAGAACUAUCCUGGGUCCAGUCAGAGAUCCCUGCAGAAGCACAGCCCUACCCAAGGGCAAUGGCUCCAGAAUACCAAGGCUGAGGUUAUCAGAAGCGGUCAGCCCAGCUCCCCAGCCCACUCCGGUAUGGUUUUGGGGAGUUCUGCCUACUCCCAGUUUGCCCAUCUUCCUGAAGAGUUGGCAGAGUUGGGGGAAGGCUUUUACCCAAACCAGUUUGAUAUCAGGCAUGGCCCAAAGGUCCGUGGUGGGUUUGGCUCCGGAGCUUCAUAUGCUUUUGAUCACUUGGAUGUUGAACCUAUGUGCCAGACCCGAUCAACACCUGCCUACGGCAGAGGCACAGGACCGGACAGAAUGGGAGGAAAUGUUUUUAGUCAAUCUCGACAGUUCAGCCGCAACCAAUCCAAAGCAGCUUACUACCCACUGGAAGUUACAGAGACAGCAAUGGGGCCUCAACCAUCGCAAGACUUUCAGUACCACCACCAGGGUGGGCUUCGUCGCCCUCUUAGUGCCCACCCAGCUUCCACCUCCGCUCCUCCCAGGUCUCUUGUACACUCCCAGAGUGUAAACAUGCGCUUUUCGUCUAGCAUCGGAAGUGGGCUGCAACCUAAUCAAUGCCAAGGCUUCAGAACCUCAGCCUCCGCCCAGCAGAUGGAUCUACCUUCAGAAUCCAUGGGAGGUGUUUAUGGUUGUCACGAUGACCUUUUUCUUAAUUCCUCUCCGCAGUCAGAGAUGUGCAUGGGCGGAGGAGGGACCUAUCCUGGGGAGGCAGGACGCUCAUCCAGGAACACACCUUUCAUGGGAAUAACAGACAAAACGGUUCGGGUGCACCAGCAGUAUCAGCAGCAGGCUCCUUCCAGUUCAGCAUCCUGCCUCAGCCCCUCUCGCUCGUGGGUCGUAUCUUCUGUGGACACUGUUGUCACCUCACCCAGCAAAAGCCCUGCCAACCACGGAGCCCUCACUCCUGAAAUGCCUUCGUCCAUCGCCUACUACAACCGUAGCAACAACAAUGGCCACCUCCUCCACGACAACCAAGUGGACUUCUGCGAGGUGGUUCCCGGUAACAGCCGAUGGGGUGACGGUUCUGGCCAAGUUACUGGUCAGAACCCCUCGUAUGUAGAUGUGAAGGUUGCCAGAACACUGCCGGUUGUCCAAAGCUGCUCUGACAGGUCGACGGAAAGGAGGACGGUACCUACCUCUCCUGUCAAACCAAAAAGACCCUUUGUUGAGUCAAACGUGUAAAGAACAUCAAACGAAAGAGGUCAAAAGGAACUCAUCGACAAUUCUAAGAUCGACUGUGGCUGGGGAAAUUGCUUAAAACAAACUCGUUCCUACAGCAACCGAAAAGUUAAAUGCACAAUUAUAUCAAAUGGCACUCACUUACAGAUUUUGGUUGAAAAGGACUUCACCUAACUGGACAGUUGCCAGUACUCAGCAAGAUACAGGAAGUGACUAACGUAAUCUGUAAUCUCUUUGAAGAAAUGUAUAACUCAUUGCUGCAUUGAAGUGCUACAUGCAAUAUCAGUUUUUAACUGACCAGCGCACACUGCACUCAUUUACUCUGGCCAUGAAGUCAGGCAACAAAGAACAUUUUACCUGACGGGGUUUUUUUCAGCCAGAGCGAGGAAACAAUUACUGCGGGAAGAGGACUAAUAGAAAUAAAACUUCUCAAUCAUCUCUUGGCAUCAAAAGCACAAAAGGGAGGAGGACCAUUCUGUGAAAUGGAAACAACUGCAAAAAAACAAAUGAUUCUCUUUUUUUAUUCAUUUUUCAUUUUACUGCUUUUUAGAACAAAAUAGUGCAAGUUUGGAGGGGAAAAUUCAGUAAAGUAAAUAAAGCACCACUGUUACCUUUUCUUUCUGCGAUGCCUUUACUGACGACUCUCCCAUCAUGCGUGACCUUCUUAGAUGUUAUAAAAGAGGGAUUUGAGCGGUAAAAGUUGGGCCAGUCAGUUGUUGGUCAGGAUCACAGAACCAAAGCCAUAAAUAGAAAGCAGAACAGUACAUUCAAUUAUUCAUUACUGCUGUGCUGUGAAUAAAAAGGGUUAUAUUUAUCAUCUCUUUUACGUAAUUUAUGUCUGUAUUUAACUGUACAAAUAUUUCCUUUUGAAACUGAACAUUCCUUUUAGUUUUUGCCUUUACGUUUUAAUUUCUGUGGAGUUUUAAUCAUAUAAAAAAUUUGUCUUUUCUGUUACCUGAUUAAAUUUGUACCUUUAAGUCAUUUUGUUUCUACUUAUUGUAAAAAAAAAAUUUUAAGGAAUCUGUUGAAACAAUUUUCAGCUUGAUGUGCCCAGACUGGAAACUCAAAAACCUUUUUUUUUUUUCUUCUGCUGACGUAUUGUCGGUGCUACUACAUUGCACUGACAACCGCACUCUUCAGUGUGGAAGUUGUUACUGAGUCAUGAACACCCAACGUUAGCUAUCUUUAGCCUCAUUAAGGUGUUUAAAAACAAAGAUGUUGGAAGGACAGAGAUGUAAGAAGGUGGUCCGUUUUAUUCUUUUGUUCGAACAUGCUGGAUAUGGAAACGCUGGCGAAGAAAGGAUCGUCAUUCUCUUGGGACUGCUGUUUUAGCAAUGCUUGCUCUGCUAACUACACUUGAGUUGUAAAAAUAAGACAUUAAGCUCUAUAAUAAUUUUCUUUGUGAAGAGAAAAUAUUUUUAUUCUGUUCUUAAAUCUUUCUAUAUUAUGUUUUUUUUUUUAAGAGAAACCGCUGUUGCCGGGCCAAGGCUUUGCUAAAACUACAGAUCAACUUACAACCCGCACAUCUCUAUGUUGUUGUUAACAUUAUUUAAAUUACAGGCCCUUGAAAUGCUAAGAAGCCCCAAAAUGGCUGUCCAACUAAGAGUGAGCCAUGCUCCAGUCUGGUAAAGUUUUUAUGCACAACCAUCCUGUAACUUUUCAGAAAAUCCUGAACCCACAUCAACUCCAGCAAAGGAAUUACAUCUUUCUAUAUCAAAGCAGCAACUUGGCAGCCAUAAAGGGAGAACACUGAAUACAAUACAAUACACUUUUUGACUUCUUUGCUUUGUUUUUAGUUGUCCCUUUGCAUGUUUGCCUUAAAUGCAAUUUUGUUUUGAGGGCACAUAAAUAUUUUAUGUAAAAAAACAACUGAAACAGAAUUGAAAGAGUAUUUUGUACUCUCAAUGUCCUACAAUGUGUGUUUCUCCCUUUAUGGCCACAGAGGUGCUCCGUAUGUGUCUAACCUCUACCUCAGUUUGAACUGCUAAGAAAUGGAAGAAAAAAAAGAUGUUUUAUCUAUUAGCAAUAUUGUUAUAGGAGGAAGUGUUUUAGCAUAUUGUCAUUUCUGGGAAAAGUUGGACUGAGCUGUAAUUUUUUCCACACGUAGCAUUAUGAUGCGGACACAAACUUCUCAUUCCUGUCUCUGUUUUGGAUGACUUUGUGAUGUUGCCCAGUAAACGUUGCUGACAUCUCUCUCAUUGUGAUGGAUCUUUGAAAACUGCCCCAAAUACUUCAUACCCCUCAGGAGCUCCCACCGUUUUCACAGUGCAGCUGCUGCAAACGGACAGCAAUUCUGUCCAGCUGGAAUACUACCACUCAUUAUUAGUGAGCGAAUAUUAAAGACCGGUCUGAAAUGGGGGGCAAAAACAGUGAUACCACAUGGAAACAGUUUGUUGUAUUGUAUCAUUGUGUCUUCAAAUGUCAGAACAGUUUGUGAUGCUGUAACAUGAAGGACUGUAGUGCCACCUGGUGGGUGGCCUGAUCAGCACCUGUGAGCUGUAGCCCUGUAAGAUAUUUAAACGCCUGGACUGUCACCACUGUAGAGAAGAACAUUAUCAGACAUGAAUGUGUUCUCGUGGGAUAUUUACCAAGAGGAAUAAAGCUGAGCAACAGA